AUGGGUCCUGUUCUGAUGAUGGUGAUUUUUCAAGGGCUGACAGUGACGUCACAUACUGCCUGCCCCUCAGAUGCUAACGAAUCAAGUAGUUCCAACUUAGAUCUUAGAGAGCAACCGUCUACUUCAACUGGUAUAUUUUACGGCGAAAUAAAUGAAGGAAGAAAGCGUAAAACUAAGUCUGAUCCAAACCAAUGGAAGAAAAAUAAAAACAAAAAAACUACGCAUGUCAGGAACAACAUCAUGGUAAAUGCAUUGUUACGCCGGCUCCACACGUUGGCCCCAAUAUUAGCCCCAACGCUACUCGUCCAACGUGUGGAUCUAGAAAAUGGCAUUGGUUCCAACGUUUGGGCGAGCGUUGGUAGUUGGCCGGCUCGUGUCGGUUUCAUUAAAGGAAUCUGCGCCAACGCUCGCGAUCUGUCCACACAUUGGCGUCUUGCUCAGUUCUGUUGCAACACGCAGCGAGUGCUCCAACGUUCGUACGAGCUCUGGGACCAACAUGUGGAGCCGGCCUUAAACGCAAGUAUUGAACACAAUGUAACUAUAACUCAGAAAUAUUUAAAGCCAGGUCACACACAAAUGGAAUGCGACUCUGUGCACGCUGCGAUCGAAAGGAAGUUAAAGAAUAGGGAAAUCCAUCUCCCCAGUGACUUCUUAACCGUUAACAAAGAAGCACGUAAGAAACCUACCCCUUAUGAAGCCAUUCGCGUAGAUCACAAUCUUGAGAAGGAUUACAGUGACAAAUCGACGUGGAGAUACGACAGCAUCCGACCAGACCGGGAAGCUGGUGAUCCAGUUGUAGUUCCAACAGCUCAAAGACGUAUUACCAAGAGACUGCCAUUUUUUCUAUGACAGCCUGCUUUACGUUUGAUCUUUUUAUGAAUUCAAUUACCUACUUCGUUUUUUUUCAUAUACCGUCGAAACCCGUAAUUUCGCCUGUUCAACCUAUCUUCGCCUAAUUUUAAUUAAGUUGGCUUUACCAACAUAUUUUUGGUAUAGGGUAUGCACAAAACAACUAAAUAGAAAGAGUUUUUUUAAGUAUGGUAAAAUUUUCCAAAUUAAUUGUAACUAACUUCACACUGAUGGUCACCAGUGCAUUUUUACCGUGAAAUGGAGGACAUGUUUUUUUUUAUGGUGUUUUUACUUUAAUUGUAAGAAGUGUUACAGUGAAGUUAAUGUUAAUGUUUUUAUUUUAUUAUGAACUACAAGUAUUUCUCUUUCAUUUGACGCUCUGAAUAAUCAUCUAAUUCACUUUUAGAAGUUUCAAUUGAAUAAAUGCUAUUGUGGGGGUACAGGUGAUUAUUUUGUUGCUGAACUUCGCCAACCAUUAGGGUGUCAAAUCCAUAAUAAAAGGGUUUUAGUACGAGUAUAUAAGUAAGUAGCUAAAAACGUAUCUCAAAAGCUGUUGCAACAGAAUAAUAUUAAUAUUCAUACAAACUAACAUUUUUUUUAAAUACACUAAACAUUUUUUCCAUUAUACCUACUUGAAACAAAGCACAAGUUACUUAGACACAUUUGAUAUCGAACUGAUUGUUGUAGAAUUACCGACAAUGCAAGCGAAGCAACGUAAUAAGCGGCCAUACACGGCAAAAUAUUCACAAGAAAUGAUCAAUGAAAGAAGCGUUAUAGAAUAAGACAAUGUCUUCGUACGAGGCAGAGAAUAUUUGUAAUACCUCGUCGGACUUUACUGGAUAAACUGCAUAAUAAACAUCUUAAGAGUCCGGGAUGUCCGACGAGACUCACCGACCAAGAGGAAGAUAAUAUAAUCAAAGUCCUAUUAGCAGCUGUGGAAUACGGCAGCCCUUUGACUCUUCUGAAUUUGCGAAUUGUUGGACAUAGAUAAUAAUUACAUAUAUUUUAUUAACUAUUCUAUUCUAUAUGCCCCUACCGUUAAAAAUAUCAUAUUAAUAAUGAAUACACAAGAUCAAAGUGGCAUUCAUUUUUCAGAUAUUUAGAGAACGGCUCAAUGAAAAAACUAAUAACAUAAGUAGUGCUUUUAAAAGUACUGGUAUUGUUUACCAUUCAACCCUGAUAAAGUAAUUAUGAAAUUACCGGAUUCAAAGAAAUUUAGAAUGACGUAUACUGUCGAUGAUGCACUAUUAGAUUGGCUGAAAGAGACACGUAAAGCAGAUCCUAAUAAAAAAGUAAGAAAAAAAAAACUAAAUAUCCCACCUGGUAAAUCUAUAUGUACAAGCGACUUUAAUAUCCUUCCUAAAACAGUAAGAAUAAAUAACAGAAAGAUAGACAAAAAUUCCAACACUAUACCACUUAAUGCUGACUUAAUUCUACAGCCAUCUUUGAUGCUUUUAAGUGCCGAUAGUCUCAAAACUUUGUGUCUCCGGAUCGUUAACAAUAACUUGGGUGAACCCGAACCAUACUCUGGUGAAAAAACUGCGCAAGUAUCAGAUGUUCAUAAUUUGUGUGAUAUUUCAAAAAAUAAUGAAAUACCAAAAUGUCUACAAACCGUCAAGCCUACAAUUAUAAUUACCUCUUAUGUCACAAUAAAAUCACAACAGUUAAAAAAAUAUCAACAGAGCAAGCAAAGAAACGCUAAUAUCCAACAGAAUAAUUAUAAAAUUACGGGGUCUGCCUUACAUAUGAAACUGAUUCCGGCACGAAAAGAAACUCUAUCCAAAAGCAGAAGAAAUAAACAAAUCAGAAGUAAUUGGUAAUAACAUUAGCAUAAAAUCUAAAACAGAAAAUGGGAAAAGAAGAUUGAUAAAAAAACAAACCAAUAAAACAAAAAAGAAGACACAAUAAUGCAAAUCUGAGAAACAAAAAAAGAAGAAAUUUAGUAGUAAUGAAUCUAGUUUUAUUUCUGACAGUGAAAUAUCUCUUGCUGAUACGGAAAACUCAGAAUAUGAAACAAUGAACGAUUUAAUUACAAGCCAGCAAGAUGAACAAGAAAACACAGAGCCAUCUAUUCCUUAUGGUAUUUCCAACAUCAAAUAUCUCUCAGAGAAUGAUAAAAAGUUAAAUACAAACUCCUAGAUUUUGGCUAAAUGUACAACAAAGAAAAGCGUUAAGCAUUUUGUUGGGAAAAUAAUAACAAUCAAAGACAACACUCCCGAAGUCAAUAAUAUCAAUUAAAGACAAAAGGAGAAAUCAUAUUUAAUAUUGAUUUGAGUAAUAAUAAUGUACAAUAAGUCCUACCAAAAUAUUUUCAUAUGACUGACUGAUUGAGACUGAUUCAAGUAUUCAGAGUAACUGAAACUAAAUAAUCUUACCUUUUUUAAUUUAAAAAAGAAAGGAUGUGUAAAAAAAUGAGUCAAAACUCAGGCGAAGUUAGGGGUUUCGACGGUACCAAAAUUUUUUUGUAAUUGUUAUAAUUAAAAGCAAAAAAAGCAAUUUUCCAAAGUAAUUAUUAUUUUAACACUAGAAGGGCCAUGGCCGUCAAUUUGACGGCAAAAUAAUUUUGAUGGCUAAUAACUUUUUGUCUGUAUUUCAGUUUGUAUUCAUAUUUAAUGACUUUUCAUAACUUAUGAUUGUAUAAGUUUUAACUUAAUAAAAAUAAAUAAAUAAUGAUUGAUAUGCGGGGUAUGCUUACUCAUACCUAAUAAGACCGGACGCCGUCAAUUUGACGGCACUUGAAUACUUUGAAGUGUUAUAAACAAAAGUUUUGUUUCUACCUUCUUAUCUUACCUAUAUAUUUAUAUGUUGUGUUUAUUGACAUGACUUACAGUUUCAACUGAUUAUUUGAAGAGAAUUGUCGUGUGUUUAUUUUAUAAUGA